AUGCAGGCGUGUGAUGUCUGCAUCAUUGGUGCUGGCCUCUCGGGUCUCGCCUGCGCAAAAAAGCUGCACGAAAUCCACCGGGAAUCCACCAUACUGAUCCUGGAGGCACGGGACAGGGUAGGCGGCCGAACGCUGUCUGUGCCAUUUCACGGCGAUGCGGUAGAUUUGGGCGGCCAAUGGGUGGGCCCUGCGCAGCAUCGCGCGCUGACGCUUCUUCACGAACUCGGACUCAAAACUGUCAGACAAACAUGGUUUGGAGAAUCCCAAUCAUCAUCUGGGCCCAACCUUACAGACCUCGUCGGGUUGGGAUACCGGUCCCUGGAUGCCUGGGCUGCUGGCGUCAGAGACCCUGGCUCCUGGUCUCGAGCUGAUGCGGUUGCCUGGGACCGACUGAGCGUCCAGGACUUCUUCGACGCCCACGUGGCGCUACCUGGAGUACGACGGGAGCUGGAUCUGCUCGUACGCACCGUCACCGCCUCCGAACCCGCACACCUCUCCUUCCUGUAUUUUCUUGCCUUCCUGGGCAUGUGUGGCGGCCUGACGGCAGUGGGUGACGGCGACGGCGGCGCACAGAGCUUCAAGGUAGCGGGCGGCGCGCAGCAGCUGGCGUGUCGACUCGCCUGCGACCUGCAGGCGCGUGGUGGCGUGGAGGUGCGUCUCAACACCGCCGUCACGCACAUCGCUUGGCAGUCUGACCGCGACACCAUUAGUGCAUGUACGACACGAAUUCAGGCUUCAAAAGUCGUGCUGGCUAUCUCGCCGCCGCUGUGGGGGACCAUCGAAUGGAGUCCGCCGCUGCCUCUAGACAAGGCUGCCGUCGCCAGCCGGAUGUACAUGGGCAGCGCCGUCAAGACGAUUGCUGUAUACAAGACGCGCUUCUGGGAUUCUGGCCGCGGCGGUGUCGCCGCCGCGCCAGCGGCAGCAGUACGGCAGCUCUAUUUGGAAGAUCUAGGGCCUGUAGCGAAUCUGUUCCCCAGCACUGUCGCCGGCGCCCCGGCACUGAUUGGGCUGAUCACGGCCGCCAGCGCCGCCACAUUCGCAAGCCUGCGCGAGCAUGAGCGCCGAGCCCAAGUGCUGCGCCAGUACGAGCAUUACUUUGGCACCGCCGCCGCCAGGACUGAAUGUACGGAUUUCAUUAGUAAGGACUGGAUACGGGAGCCGUAUAGCCGCGGCUGUUUCGCAGCGCUGAUGCCUCCCGGGCUUGCGACGUGCAGUGGUGGUGCGGCGGCUCGGAGGCCACUAGGCGGAAGUAGGAACGUGUUUUUCGCCGGGACAGAGCUUGCAAGUGAGUGGGCCGGAUAUAUUGAGGGUGCCAUUGAGGCCGGGUACCGGGCAGCGGAGGAAGUGGCGACGGCGUUGGGGGGGGGCGGGACGUCGCCCGAGUUGCUUACUGGGUUGGUGCAAGCGCUGUGCCCUAGGCCCAGCUCCAUGCUCUAG